AUGGCACACCGGCUCUCCGGAGCCCUGGGCCCCUAUAAACCCAACCUUCGUCACAGGAGCCUGCACAAUAGUUCACCCUGCACAGGGUUCGCGGGCUGGACCCAGCACGCCGCGCUCCAGCGUCAGACGCAGCCGGCACAUCGCCGCUUGAUCAAUCAUAGACUGCUCCUCAAACGGGCUUCCACAUCGAUCAAUCCGUUCAUAUUGGCCCGCGAUCCGCUCGCCACGGGCUUAUCCUUUCGACAGCCUGCUAGGAACCCUCCCGAGAAACGUGCUGGGCCCGCCCAAGGACAUGAUCAGGAGCCGCGAGGGCGAACCUUGGAAUGCAAGGCUCGAAAGCUACUCAAUGGCUGGCGGUGGCUGCACCCGUCGUCUGGCUCGCUUGGCAGCCCCGGACGCAGCCACCGGACGUUGGUCCGCGAGACUGGAUCCCACACGGGUCUGCACGCCAUGGCCCCGGGAAGCGGCUGUCUGUCUGCCUCCCACUCGCAGCUUUGA